AGGAAAGCCUGGCUGGAUCACGGCUCACAUAAAAGACAAACACCGAAUCAGAAGGAUCCUCAUUUAUUCUCUUUGUCAUCGAGAUGUUUGACGUCUGCAGAAACAGGAAGAGAACAGAGACAGAAGUCAAUGAGAUAGAGGAGAUUUAGACCAAUUAACAGCUUAAUUACGAGUCUUUUUUUUCUUACAAGAGCUUCGUUUUAUUUUAUUUUUGACUUUUUUGUGUUCACUUUAAUCUUAGAAUUACCUUUGAGACUGUCCGAUACAAAUCUGUACACUGUAAAAAAUCACUUAGGUUAUUUUUGACAGGUUUUUGUUGUAUUUUUGUGUUUUCCAUCCACACACUGCCAAGAUGUGGUCGUGUAUGAAGAACUUCUUCACUUAUGAAACGACAAAGUCGGUGGUUGUGAAAAGCUGGACUAUCGGCAUCAUCAACCGGAUUGUUCAACUUAUCAUCAUUUCUUACUUUAUUGGUUGGGUGUUUAUCUGGGAAAAGGCCUACCAGGUGAGAGACACAGCUAUAGAGUCGUCAGUCAUGACAAAGGUCAAAGGCUUUGGAAACUACAACAACAGAGUCAUGGACGUUGCAGACUACGUCACUCCUACGCAGGGAGGUUCUGUCUUUUGCAUCAUCACCAAAAUGAUUACAACAGAGAACCAAGUGCAAGGAUACUGUCCUGAGACUGAGAAAUACAACUGUACCAAAGACAGUGACUGCACAAAAUAUCGUCACAGACCAGGAGGAUAUGGAAUCUUCACAGGAAACUGCGUCCCUUUCAAGACCAACAUCUCAAUGUGUGAGAUUAAAGGAUGGUGUCCUGCAGAGAUCGACACCAUAAAGACAGAACCCAUGAAUGAUGUGGAGAACUUCACAAUCUUCAUAAAGAACAGCAUCCGUUUCCCAACUUUUAACUACACCAAAGGGAACUUCCUUCCAUCAAUAACUAAUGAAUACAUCAAAACGUGUAACUUUAACAAAGAAAAGGACAUCUACUGCCCUAUCUUCAAAGUGGGGGACAUUCUUAAAAAUGCAGAGCAAAACUUCACUCAGCUGGCAGACACGGGUGGAGUGAUUGGAAUAAUGAUCAGCUGGAUGUGUGAUCUGGAUAAAUCAGACGAUGAAUGUAAACCAUUGUAUUCGUUCACUCGACUUGAUGCCAUGUCACAGCAGAACAACGUUUCUCCUGGGUACAAUUUCAGGUUUGCAAAAUACUAUAAGAUGGAAAAUGGGACAGACUACCGCACUCUGGUCAAAGCUUUUGCCAUUCGAUUUGAUGUUAUUGUCAAUGGAAAUGCUGGAAAGUUUAACAUGAUUCCAACAAUCAUAAAUAUGGUGGCAGCGUUCACAUCAGUGGGAGUGGGCACAGUGCUUUGCGAUAUAAUACUGCUAAACUUCCUGAAGGGUGCAGAGCAGUACAAAGCUAAGAAGUUUGAAGAGGUUUCCGACAAUCCGUUGGACAUCCAGAGCAACGGCUUGUAUCACUCCCAGCUGUCACUCAGACAUACGCACUUCAAGUCCAGUGACUCUGGGGCAUUUUCUAUUGACCAUUUCAGCUAAAUAAACAGAAAAUAUCCCGGUGGUUUCAAUCACAUAGCCUCUGUCAAGGCUGAGAACAUCAAAAUUACAAAAAUAUAUCAACUGAAUGCAGCAUAAAAGCAUGGCUGUCUUUGCAUGAGGAUUGUUGAACCAGUUGUCUAAAAAAUGAUUUUGGUACCCCAUAGAAAUGAUAGCAAUAAACAACUGGUUCACUGCUCUGUAAUAAUUUAUUCUUUUAUACGUGUAUAGUUGCAAUCAGACGAUUGAAUAUAACAGAUAAAAAGAUACACUUCUUUUCUCCUUACUGUCUGAAACUAAAUCAGACUAAACUUCUCUUGUUUAAGGUCAGCUAGAAUCACCAAAACUAUUCUUAUGUUGACAAGCUGUGUUUCCAGUACAAUCUAAAUAAGUUUUAGAUUUAAAAGUUGUUCCUCUGGAUAACUUCAAUGUAGAGCUACUAAUGUAGUGUCACUGUAUGUACACUUCUGGUUUCAACUGUAUGUGUCUAAGUACAAGAGCAUGAAGAUAGACUGUAAAUUUGUUUUAUGAUGAUACCCCAAAUACUCCCUCAUGAGUCCCUCUUAAUACAAUUGUGACAAAAUCAAGAAAUAAAAACUUUAAAAGACAUUUUUCAUUCAUUCCAGCAAAAAAAUAAUAAAAAAACAUAAUCUUCUUACAAACAAAUAAUGGAGUAGUUCUGACAACAUAUAAUACGGUUUAUUUGUGAAGGUGAAUAAAGGUGAUUAUGAAUUUUUCUCUUGUUUUUUGACAUUUCGAGCAUGAGUGGAAACAUGUAAAAAAUGGAUAAGCAGAAAUGAAUAACUAUUUAUUUCCCAAGAAAUUUGUCAAACAUUGUCAAGUGGUAAAUUUAUUUAUUUUUAGUUUCAAGUAUCCUUCCACAUUUAUUCUUGUCAUUGAUCCACUCUGUAAUUAAUUUGGUGGAAUACUUAGAGCUUUUGUUCAUUUAAAAAACUGUAAUCUUUUGUCUUUUUCCUCUAAAUUUAAGAACCGCCAUUAUGUCCAAACACCGCUGACUCCAAAAUUAAAGUGCUUUUGCAAUC